GUUUAGAUUAUAAUACUGUAUAUACAGUAUAUAUGUAAAUACAGUCACAAUUAUAUUAUUUUAYUUAUAUUACUAAUAAUAUAUAAUAGUAAUAAUCAUAAUAACCCUGUUAUAAGUUUAACAUUAAAAUUAAAAAUAAUAAAAUGUUUAUUAAAACAUUUAAUUUUGUAUUAUUGAUAGUAUUAUCAUUGAAUAUUAUUAACAUUGAUUGUGAACAACAAAACAUUACAACUAAUAAUAAUUAUAAUAAUAAUAAUAACUAUAAUAAUGUUAUUACAAAAAGUUUUUUAAAGAAACUACUAAUCCUAUGGACUAAUGGACAGUCAUCACUACAACAACAACAACACAACCGGUGGCCAGUAAUCACCGGUUUUCGGGCCGAGUCGGCUAAGCAUCCGAUAGUUACCGACGAUACUGGCCUAACAGUAAUACCCGAUAAACAGAUGAUAACUAUGCGAUUGUUUGGCCAACAUUUUAGCAGCAGCUCAUCGGAUGAUAAUAACGGCCGCCCGGAUGUGACCGGGUUUCACAAAAUAACUGUCGGCUUUACAACCGUCCAGGGCAACGAUGGACAGGUAUGCGAUCCGGAUCACCAGUUCCCUGUUGACCACUAUCUAGACGAUAGGCAAGCAGUGGUCAAGAUUAGACUAUCGGAAACAAUACGCGACGAUCCCUACUAUAUGUGCUAUUCAAUCGAUACUGUUGAUCCUGGCCAGGGAUCAUCCACCAUCAGAGCCGCCCCUACCGGUGCUUAUAAUCAAGGUUUGAUGCCCAUCCUAUUAGGCCAGCAUCGUCAUCAUCGUAAGUCGCCAGCAGUGUUUAGAUACCUGUCCGCUAGCGAUUCACUAAAACUACGUGUUAUUGGACGCCAAUUGUCUGUAGGMUACCGGAGCGGCGGCGGCGGCGGCAAUCCUAUCAAUGGCUACAGGGAUGCCCGGGUUAAGGCCCAGUUGGCUCAGAUACUGGACGAAGUAAACAAAAUACAUAGACUUACCGAUGAGAUGCAAGACUGGACAGUCGGUAAUURKGAUAGUCAGUAGUUAGUGUGGGGUUGGUUGGGGUGGGGUAGGUGUGAGAGGG